GCGUAACUAACCAGAGCGCUUGGUAUGAGCUUGUACUAAUGGUUGAACAAAUGCUUGAUUCCCUUUCGUCUACUGGCGGAAAUUUAUCGCCGAUAGAGGCUUCCAAUGCAAAAGAAAUGGUUCCUGAAAGUAAUGUGGAGAAGUCGUAUAUCUUACCACCUGAUCUUGUCGACAAUGAAUUAAGCGAUGAAUUUGAUAACAAUGUUGAUUCUCCACCUUCAAACCAAAUACAUUCAUCUGAUGAAAAUAACGAGUUAUGGACUAUUAAAGACGAUAUUAAAGAAACAGAAGGAAAAGUUGGUCGGUGGACACUUAGCUCUGGCGCAUCUAAAAACGUAUCUAAAAGUAAAUCUAGGGGGCGCAAUAAAAAUCAUUCUAAACCAACUAACAUGGAGGAAGAAAGACUUCAAAUCUAUAGUGAAUCACAAAGACUUGUACGAGAAGCUGAUGUACAUUUACCAGUCCAUAGACCUAAACAAUUUAAAUGUUUCAGUGAGUUUCGUCAGUCUCUAAAAGGUUGCAAGUCAAAUGAAACCAAAAGUUGUGAAACUUCAUCUCAGAAUAAAUUACAUUCCGAUUGUAGCACUCAUUUUCAACCAAUUUCAGGACAAUCUACCCGAAAUGAAGAGACUGAAAAUAAACUGGAUAUCAAACCAUUCGUCUCACAAGGUUAUUCAGUUGAUCAUGCUGUUGACAUUGAUUGUACCACUUUGGAACCACCAUCAAUGUCAUCUGAUGCCAAACCAUCACUCGAUGUCACAAGCGAACCAGAUGUACUAACUAAUCUGUUACCUCGCCUUGAUGCGAGAAAAUUGAAAAAUUAUGAAAGUGAAGAAUUUUUCAUAGAUUUAGGUGAAUCAAUCCCUACUUCAACGUCAUCUGUAACUCCUAGUCAAUUAUUGGCUCGUUUAAAAUCUCAUCUUCACGUGUCUCAUGAAAAAGUUGUACGUGGACCCAUCCAAUAUUCAAUCAUAACAAAGGUACAAAGCAGUGACGCUGAACGCGAAGAACUACAGGUAGAAACAGUUACACAUGAACCAUCAAAAGGAUUAUCAACAACUAUGUCAGUUAGUAGAAAACAUUGGUUGCAACACAGAAAAGUUCUCGAAGAAAAAAUGCGUCAAAAAAGGCUUGAGCAGUAUGAAAUGCGGUUAAAGGAAGAGGGUACAUGUCCAAAGUCAACAAAUGAAAACACUGGGGAAGUAUCCAAUAGCGAUGAAGAAUGGUCAGAAGGGGCUGCAAAUGACAGUGAAAUAUCUGAUGAAGACUCAAAUACCGAGGAAGAAAGUAGCAGUGAUAGUGAAAGCGGUGAAGAAAAAGAAGAAGAAGAAGAAAACGAGUCACUUGACGACGAUGAGGAAGAUGACAAUGUAGUGGUUGUUAGUAAAAAGGCUUCAAGACAGCGUCCUUGUCUCUUUGCUGAUGAUGAAGCAGAAGAAAGUGAAAAUGAUGAAGUAGUUGCAGAGGCCGAUGAUCCUGAGGAUGAAGAGGCUCUAACAUGUAAAGAUUCGGUGGAUAUAAAACAAAACAAAUCUUGUAGUAAAACUACUAGUGUCAAUAAUCUAAACGUAGAUUUUGGAAAAAAUAUUGGCAGAUCUCACACCCCUCAGAAACAACAUCUACAGUUGGAUGAUUUCACAGACCUACCACAGGAAACCACAGGGUUUAAGCUUUUUUCAUCUUGCAAUAAUGGUUACAGUUUAGGUAUUCCACAAAGACAUCAUCACGGAACUCUAGGUCCUGCAGAUAUAGACCUUUUCGCAUCUGAAUGUUCUGGUAUUCUAGACAGAUCUAUUAAUCCUCAGUCAAUAUUGGCCUCUACUCGUUUAGAUGCAACCACCAUCGGUGACGAAAACAAGUCUCGAUUUACUCGAAAUUCAUCUACUCAUAGUCAGUGGAAUAAUACACCUUAUGAAUUACUGUAUUCUCAAAAGCCAAAUAGUCAAUUGCUAGCUUCCAGAUCAGAAUCUAUCACUCAAGAGUUCACUGAUGACAAUCAUAUAACGACAUCUAACCCUCAUAAUAUAUCAUCUCAGGACACGGUCUUAUUAUCUCAGGAACCAACUCAACCAACAUCUCAACUAAAUCCUACGAUUAUAAUAUCUGAGGAGACGAAUUCAAGUCUUCAUUCUCAGGUUCAUCAUGAAAAUCGUCACAAUCUCUUCGGUGGAUCGUUGUGCGACGAAUCUCAAGCAGUUAUGGAUCCGGUCACUACUAAAUCCUUUGAUGAGAAUGAUGAUAUAGAUUCUCAGGUUUGCCAUAACGAUCGUCGUAAUCUCUUUGGCGGAUCAAUCAGUAAUCAAUCACAAGAACUUAUCGAUGAAACUGCAAAAUCAAUCACAGGUGGUUAUGUAACAGCUUCCCAAACUAAUCACGAUAAUCAUCGUAUUUUGUUUGGAGGAUCAAUAGGUACUCAAUCGCAAGCUUUCAUGGAUUUGGCUGAUGAUAAUGAUGAUCUAGAUUCCCAAAUUCAACAUGAAAAACAUGGUAAUCUAUUCAGCGGAUCAAUAUGUGUCCAGUCUCAAGAAUCAUUAAAUGAAGUGAAAAACUCAAUUAUCAAUAAUAAUCCAGAUUCUCAUGAAAACCGUCGUAAUCUAUUUGGCGAGUCUACAUGUGACCAGUCACAAGGCCAUGUUGAUGAAAUUUUGAAGUCACCUGUAAAUAAUCAUGAUGAUCCAGACUUUCAGGAAUCUGAGCACCCUAUUUCUGGGUUUACGACUCAAAAUCCGUCUCGUCGACGAGUUUUACUUUUUGAUGAUGAGGAUGAUGAAGAAGAAGAGAACAAAGAAAAAAAAGACAAUAGCUUUAUUGAACCAUCUUCACUCAUACGGAAUAAUCCUUUUAAAUCCACAUCAGAAUCUAAUUUUACUGGUGACAAUUUGUCAUCUGUAUUGCAUACAGAUGACAAUGUGGAAUUGGAGAAUAAGAUCUCAACUGUUGAUGAAUCAGAUGAUCAUACUAUUGAAGCAGGAGAUGAUGGAGCAAAUAUUGAUCCUGAUGAUAUAACUGACGAAGAUAAUGGUAGUGAUGAUGAGUCCUCGGAAGAAGAUGAAGAGGAAGAAAAAGAUAAUUCUCUUGAAGAUGAAGAUGAUGAAGAGGAAAUUCAACGUCUAACUAUACAAUCGAAUGAAAUUAAGAAAACUAAAAAAUUUCGUAUAAACGACUUUGUGGAUGAAGAAGCCGAAUUGUCUGGUGAUGAAAAUGAACGAGCUUAUUUCAUGGACGAUGAAGAUGAGUUAGAUCCCGAUAAUGAUGAUGCUAAUGCAGAAUUCGCUGACUUAAUUGACGAAGAUGACUCAGAUAUUCCAUCCGCCGGUCGCUUAAGACGUCAAAUUGAACGUGUACAUCACCGCCUUCAAACUGAUCAAGAUCUACGUGAAUUACGUUAUCUCAAGGAACUUUAUUUUGAAGACGGUGAUUUACAUGCUGAAAAUGGACGAGUUCGUCAGAGGCGUUUUCGUUGGCGCGGUUUAGAUAACGAUGAUCCGUUUGCUGAUCAAAUAAACAUAGAUAAUAGUGAUGGUGAUGAUAAUUCAAGUGAAGAUGAAAAACAUGGUAUACCUUGUGGUCCUAUAGAUAAUUGGUUACGUCGUGGUCCAAUGAAAUCCUCGAACGGUGAAAAUAAUCAAUCCACUGAAAAUGGUGAUUUAGAUUCUGACACAAUACAUUCAUCAUCUAAUAAACAAACAAAUGAUAAAGAUCCUAGUGAUUCAGUAUUAGAAUCUGAUGAAGAAAUAGAAAAUUCAAAGGCAGUAACUGAUAAUUUAUCAACUGGUGUUUUAUCUUUAGGAAAAAAGGCUUUACUAAAAUCUCAAACGAAGUUACAAACUCAAAUAGUUGUAUGUAAUAAGUUACCAGGCAAUCGUGGAAAGACUACCAAAUCAGCGUCUACGCUUAGAAACCCAUUGUUCUCUAAUUAUUUCUUGCAACCUAAAUCUCAUAACCUACCAAUUAAUGAAGGUGUUACUAAUGAUACAGACAAUAAUAGUAAAGUUGACAGUGUUAUCAUUUCUAGUAAUAAUAAUGAUAAAUUAAUUGCUCCUGUGAAAUUUAAUAAUGUUAAUAAUGCUGUUAAUGAUGUAAGGUUUCAAACGAUCAGAGUAAGUUUACUAAUAUUUGUCAUUUUAUUAUAUUCCUUAUUUGUUAUAUUCUUCCUUGUCUAGUAUAUCUUGACUAAUUAACACUUCACUUGACUGUAAUAUAAAUCAUAGUGAGAAUGAGUUAGCAAUAAGAUAUAUUCUAAUAGACCGAUAAAAUAAAAAUACAAUAUUAUCAUCAGAAGAGUUAAUGAAGAAAUUACAUUCGAAACCCCUAGUAUCUUAUUGAUUCGUUCACUGGUACAAAUUAGUUAAUAACGAUCUAUCCAAGUAUUUAUUUAAAAGAAAAACCAAGACUAUUUAGUAAGCUUUAUUCUCAAAAGCCGGGUACUAGCAUAUUUGUAGAUUUUCACAUUGAUGAAGUCACGUGUGCUACGUAGUUGGCUAGAUGAAUAAUUCACUUAGUCAUAAUAACCAGGUCGCAUUUACACCUCAACGUAACUCUGACAUUGACAGUUAGGUGAUUGGAGAAUAAGUGACCUACAUGCUGAUUUUCUCCAAUCACCUAUGAAAUUUUAUCAUGUUUAUUUUGUGUUCAUAUUCUGUAUAUAAGCAUGUUUUUUAUUAAAUGGAAAACUACUACUCUGGCUAGUAGUAGUGAUCUAGUAUUUGAUUUCUAAGCAUUCAGAGCCCUAAGUCAAUUAUACGUUCUUAUGAGUAGCCAAAACUCAGACAUAUUAUAUCACUGCGUCUUUAUUCUUGUAACUGCCUACAUAUGCUUACUUAGUCCUACCUUCCAAACGAAAUCUCAUUCUUAUUUUAUAGCGUGGUUCUCUAUUGAGUCGUUUUGCUGGAGGCCUCGUUCCUGGUUAUAAAUCUGAACCUACCCAAAUUCAUUCAAAUGUUAAUGAUGGCUUCGAUGCUGGUACAUCAAAAAGUGGAAGCCGUCGCGACCAAACACAUCUAGAUUUACGGAGCAAGGUCGGUCUAUCGUGCUUUAGUGUUGUAACGGCUCAAAUUAAACCAGAAAAAACCGACUCAUUUGAUGACGGUGCAUCUAACCAGAAGUCCUUAAAAUCCUGUAAUUUUCCCAUUAAGCAAAAACGACCGGUUGAUGUGAUUAAACCUAAUUCUGUUUUGUUAAGUCCUCCAAGUUUGAAACGCCACCGAUCUACUAGUGUGUUUAAUGCUCUUCUGUGAAUAAUUCGCAACUGUUUUGUUUAGUAAACUGUAAAAAAGAUUUAUUUGAAAAAGCCUUUCAUGCUUAAUAUAUUCCUUUGCUGUAAUUAGUAAAUUUAUGUAUUAUAAGGUCUAUGUAAAUCAGUGUUAUUUUUCUGUAUAUUGAGAACAUCAAAAUAUAUCAUGCUUUCAUCA